AUGGCCCUACCUGAUGGUUUCGUGAUCAAGAGGAACAAGCAGCCGGACAGCACCACACUGCAACUCCAUCCGCGGCAACAGGUACGGAUCGCCAUCAGCAAGAAAGCAGGGAGCUGUCUUGUCAACAAGCACGCCAGGGGCAUCCUGAGCAGCAUCCCACAGCUUAUCUGCAAGGACAAGCACCUCCCAGAUCUGCACGUGGCGGUCAUCCGCAGGGCCAGCGCCGUCCUGCGCAGCAGAGCCCGAAUCCUUGAAGAGACAGCAGAAAUUCAAAUCAGCAAACACUCUCGAAUACAGUAG